AUGGCAGAGAAAGUGAUGGGGCAUUUAAAAGAUAUAUUCAAAUUAUUGUUUUUUAACUGUGAUACAGAAGGUUGGAAUCACUCACAGAGUCUUUACAAAUUUGAUGAUUUAGAUUUAUCCUUGUAUGCAAAAAAAAAGUAUAAAAAAAGAUUUCAAUAUCUCAUUUUUAUUUGGGGAUUAACAAUAUUGAAAUCAAUAAUGAUCAUCUCUGAUAUUUACACCUGUAUCAAAUUAUUGGCAUUUAACAUAUGGUCAAAUAACUGUGUAGAACCAUAUGUCUCAUUUAUUAUAACAAAAUGGUUAUUUAGUGUCUGUAUUUUAAUUUCUCUUUUCUUAGUUGUCAUUGACACAGUGAAUGGAUAUCAAAUAUACAAAACUAGAAUAAUCUCGUUGUGUUUUAUUAACAACUGGUCAAGAAAUAUUUUCUCACUUCGCAGUUAUGCUAUGUUCUGUUUGUUUGAUAAAAUUACCCCAAGUGGGUUUCAACAAAAACUAACAUUUUUAACGUAUUUUGAAUUGAAGAAUUGUUCAAAAUUACUACUUGUUGAUACACCAAGACAAAUUAUAAAUGGAUUAACUCUGUGGAGUGUCUUGUUGACCAAGAAUGAGAAGAAUAAGAACUUGAAAGAUUUUCAAUCAUUGAUUGGAAUAUGGAAUAAAGUAAAAUGGAUUGUUAGGAAUAACCAUGAAGAGGCAAUGAUAUUAAGUUUUAUGCUAUUGUCCUUUUUAAUUUGGUUAAUAUUUAUCACUAAAUUUUGGAUAGCCGUAUUAGCCUUCUUUAGAGUUUAUCACGUUGUUGUAAAAAGACAAAAAUUUAAUGGGUUGAAAGAAUAUAUUUGUUUGACAAUAAGUUAUAAUAUAGAUUAUUUAACUGAAAAGUAUAAAUAUAAAAGGUUUUAUUCAACGAUGUCUCUACUUGAAACGAAUAAGAAUGUUGUUGAAGAUUUUUAUGAAACCGAUAGUCCUUUCUUAACAGAUAGUGAAGAUAUUUCAUGUUCUAUUUAUGAAAAUGUCAUGGAAAAGACACUCUUAGGAAGUGAUCUUAGUAGAAUGAUCUUUGUAAAGACACCAGAUUCGCUAAAUACAUUGCCAAGUUAUUAUUAUCAUGGUAAUCUGGACCAAAAAGAAUGA